ACCCUUCAUUUAGGUGUUAAGUGUUCAACAGUUUCACAAUUAGACAUCCAGGCACAGCUGCUGCACUUCUGAUCCAGUGGCAUGGCUAUUCUCGUUUGUCUUCUAACUACGAUGCUAAAAGCUCACCGAGGUGGAUGGUGUCUUUUCUUCCUGGCUGCUGUCAUUCCAGGUGUCCACUUUCAGAGCAAUAACGUCUCCAUCCAGCCUGCUUUGGACUCUGAGCUUCACUCCAAGGGUCAGAUCUACCGGCCGGUCCUGCAGCCAUCUGAGGCCACUCCUCAAAUAGGAAAGUAUGUGAGAAAAGACCCUCAAGGGAAACCCUGCAUCAGAAUUUCCAUGGGAGCAGAGUUCUUGGUCACUGAAAACAAGAAAACCUGGUAUUUUGACCUGGACCCAUCCAGAGUUGAGGUCAGUGGUUACUGUGGCAAAGAAGAGGCUGUUCUCUCUCUCACACUGCCAGACAAUGGUGCCAGCCUGCAGUUCAAAUUCAAAAAGGAGAAGAAUGUUUUCUACGUCAUCGAGAUGAAUGCUCAUUUGUCUCCCAUGCCUGUCUGCAAAGACUGUUCCAACAAGACUUACAAAGGUGUGUUGGCCCAUGAAAAGCUGUUCAAAACUGCUAACGGUCGAAGCUUCACGUGCAAGUCUGAGAAUCUGCUUUUGAUGUCGUCUGAGCUGAAGAUCAAGCUGGUUCCUGUGAAGAUGCAGGCCUUCGACCUGUCCCAUGGACAGUACGGAAAAGAGGUGGAGUGCUGGGCUGACUAUAACAAGAGGAUCAUUCCCAUCGUCAUUGGGGCAGCCGUCGUGUGUCUCAUUCUUAUCAUUGUGAUGAGCUUCCUUGUGGUCAGAGAUCGCCGCAGAGAUGGAUACGAACGGAUUUGAAUGGCUGAGAGUUUACUGUGAAACUGGACUGGGGGUGGUGGUGGGGGGUGCUAUUGACUUGUUCAUACACUUGUUCUUUCACUUGUUCUUUUCCUAAACCUUCAUUUGGCUUGUCACAUUCUUCUGUUAACAGCAAAGACAGUUUGUCUGGUAUUUACACUUUUAAUAAAUAAAACAUUUUUUUUUUUAAAAAUGUUGUCUUUUUUUGUUUUUAUACUUUUGUUUUUUUUUGUUGCUUUCAUUAAUGUCUUGUGUAAUUUUAAUUGCUGUAUUUUUUUUUUUUUUUUUUCCACUGCGUGUUCAAGAGUUUUCUGAUAAAUUUAAGAUAAGGAAUAUUUUUAAUCGCACUAGAAAGCUAUAAAUGUCAUUAAAAAUAUAUAAAUGGGUGUGAGAGUGCAGACUAAACAUUAAAUAGUCUCUAUUCAUCAUGCUUUGUAACCUUAAGAAAGGGGGAAACUAAUACUCAUUGCAUUAUAUUGUACUGCAAAAAUUUAAAAUACUUGAAAAAAUAAUUAAGGGAUAAAUGACUAAAUAAAAAAUACAUUCAACGUUUUGAAUGCAGUGAAAUU